UUGUUGGCAACACUCGACACUGCACAGCAGCAGCCAAGCAAAAUAAAGUCGUAUUUACAGCUCCUCUGCUAGAUAAUCAAUCGCUAAUCUCAAUAACAAAAACACACAACAUAUAUGGAAUAAAAAAGCACCAAGUCACUGAAGAAAAUGACGAGCAAUAAUCCAGGAGAGCAAUAUUCGUGGAUGUCAGGCCAGCCGGGCUCAGAAUACUAUUCGAAUCCCUCGAUUCCCUACCCUCCACCUGACUUUUCACAGCCACCCCCAAAUUUCCGAGUGCCACCUCCCAAUUUUCCAAACUAUCAGCACAACAAUUCGUACGAUAAACCCCCCAGUGAUAAUUACGUUUACCCUCAGAGUGGCGGCUGCUACCACCAGAAUUACAAUAAUUACACUCCGUACACGUAUCAAGGUUAUGCAAACACUUCAGCAUCUCCUGGGAAUGAUUCAACACAGCAGCUUCGGUGGGGAACAAGCAAUGUCGAUCAGUGGAGCAGAAGUCAGGGGGAUUCUGAUCAAUCAUUGAACAACGCCCCAAAGACUGGGGGCUGGAAGGCCAGGACUGCUGCUGGCGACUGGAAUUAUCAAUCUUCUGGGGCAGUAAAUCGUCCUGAUCAUUCUAAACGCACCGAUAAUAGUAGCAGGUAUGACAAGCCACGAGAGGAAUGGAGAAACCACGGAGAGAAGUCGGGCCCUAAUAAACACUGGCCCAAGGGCUCCAACUCUAGUAGGGGAAUGCCAGUUGACAGGUACAGGAGAUCGGACAGGAAUCAUUACUACAAAAACGAGGAUUACAGGAGGUCGUCCUUGAGAGAUGAGUCAGGGUCUCGCGAGAGGACACGAAGCAGGGAGAGAUCGAGUGUCAGUGAUAGAUCCAGAAAACGAUCGAGAUCUGUGGAGGCGGAUUCCUCCAGGGCUUCCACUGCUGGCGGCAGCAAAACUCCGGUGAAACCCAAGAGGGAACUGACUGAGAGGGAAUUGUUACUGGAAAAAUACAGACGAAAUUACUGCGCUACAAGUCGUGAUAUUGAGAAAAAAAUGGACGAGCUAGGUCCAGAUGGGAUCCUAGAGUGCGAGAGAAAGGCCUGGACCCGAACAGCUCCAGCAGACCUCUAUUACAACAGAGACGAGAGUAAUCCAAGAAUAAUGAGAGGAACGCCAAAGCUCCAAGAAUUAUGCGACAUCUUUAAACGAGUCCUUCUAGAUAGAGCCUCAGUUACACGAGCGAGUCAGCCACCGUAUGAGCCACCAGUGCGUAAAACCAGACGACGAGUUUGCAGGCACAAAUCAGAGAUAUGCAGCAGUGACAGUAGUUCCUCAGAUGGUGACAGUUCGAUGGACGAAGUUGACAGGACAAUGGAAGAACUCAUGGCCAAGAAGGAGCACCCACAGAGAUUACACAAAGAAAUGUGGUUCAACGAUCCAGGGGAAAUGAACGAUGGCCCCUUAUGCAGAUGCAGUGCCAAGUCAAGAAGAUCUGGAAUAAGGCAUGGAAUUUACGCUGGUGAAGGUACGAUAAACCGUUGCGAGUUGAACUCCAACAAUGCAGACAAAUUAUUCCACUAUCGAAUAACCAUAAGUCCCCCCACAAAUUUCUUGACCAAAACCCCGACAAUCAUCAAACAUGACGAGCAUGAAUUCAUAUUCGAGGGUUUCUCAAUGCUCUCUCAUUUUCCACUGGUAAAAUUGCCCACCUGCAAAGUCAUCAGAUUCAACAUCGAAUACACUAUUCUCUACAUUGAGGAAAAGUUGCCGGAGAAUUUUACUGUUCAGGAGUUGGAUUAUUUCCAGAAUUACCUCUUCAAGGAGAUAUUAGAGCUCAUGGACUUUGAUCUGCACCCAGCACAGGACACAAGUGGCUGUGGACAAUUUCACUUUAUGCCCAGAUUCGUCAGGGAUUUGCCUGACAAGGGCCAAGAAAUUUUAUCCAUGAAUGAGGUGUUAAAUUAUUUGAUAAAAAGUAGCACAAGAUUGAUUGAGGAGGAGGAUCUCCCAAGGCUCAUUGAGAUGCCCCAGUACAAGUGGCAGAAUUUUGCUGACGAAGUCAAAGGAAUGGUGGUUACAUAUCCCGGCAAGAAGCCAUGUAGUGUAAGAGUAGAUCAGCUCGACAGAAAUCAAGAGGACGAUCAAACGAAUGAUGGAACUGUUUACCCAGCAAUCGUUCACUUUGGAAUUAGACCCCCUCAGUUGAGCUACGCUGGUAAUGCUGAUUACCAAAAAGCCUGGAGGGAUUACGUCAAAUUCCGUCACCUCCUGGCCAACAUGCCCAAGCCAUCCUUCGAGAGCAAGAGAAAACUCGAAGCUAAAGAGAAUAAACUCCAGGAAUUGAGGACCCAGAGUAAAAUGAAGAGAGAUGUGACUGUCGACAUGAGCUCCGAGGGUUUCUAUCGAACUGGAAUAAUGUGUGACAUUGUCCAACACGCCAUGCUGAUUCCCGUUCUAGUCUGCCAUCUGCGAUUCCACAAGUCCCUGGACAAUUUGGAGUGCACCCUGAAGUACAAAUUUAAGAACAGAUAUUUAUUGCAACUGGCACUGACGCAUCCCAGCUAUCGAGAGAACUUCGGAACAAACCCAGAUCACGCAAGAAAUUCAUUAACAAAUUGCGGUAUCAGCCAGCCAGAGUACGGAGACAGGCGAAUUCACUACAUGAAUACUCGCAAACGGGGCAUCAAUACUCUGAUAAACAUCAUGUCGAGAUUCGGCGCCAGAAGAGAAACAGAAUCAUCAAUCGCUCAUAACGAGAGACUGGAGUUCCUUGGAGAUGCUGUGGUGGAAUUUUUGUCUUCAAUUCAUCUCUUCCACAUGUUUCCGAAUCUCGAGGAGGGUGGGCUGGCCACUUACAGAGCAGCUAUCGUUCAGAAUCAGCAUCUAGCUGUACUCGCUGAAAAAUUACACUUGGAACAGUACAUGCUGUACGCACACGGCAGUGAUCUCUGCCACGAUUUGGAGCUCAAGCACGCAAUGGCCAAUUGUUUCGAGGCCCUGAUGGGCUCGUUGUUUCUCGACGGUGGCAUUGAGGUGGCCGACCGAGUAUUCGGCGAGACAUUAUUUCAGAACGAAUGUGAUUUGCUGUCAGUUUGGGUGAACUACCCGAGGCAUCCCCUCCAAGAGCAGGAGCCAACGGGCGAUAGACAGUGGAUCUCCAGCUUUGAAUUCCUCCAGAAACUCACCAAGUUCGAGGAAACCAUUGGGGUGGAUUUUACCCACAUCAGAUUGCUGGCAAGAGCAUUCACCGAUCGAAGUAUUGGCUACACUAAUUUGACACUUGGGUCUAAUCAAAGAUUGGAGUUUCUGGGUGACACUGUACUCCAGCUUAUAGUCUCUGAAUACCUCUACAAAUUCUUUCCUGAGCAUCAUGAAGGACAUUUGUCAUUGUUGAGAAGCUCUUUGGUGAAUAAUAAGACGCAGGCAGUCGUCUGUGAUGAUUUGGGCAUGACGCAGUAUGCAUUGUAUGGAAAUCAGAAGGCAGAGCUCAAGACUAAGGACAGGGCGGAUUUAUUGGAGGCCUUCCUUGGUGCAUUGUACGUGGAUAAGGGCCUGGAGGCCUGCAAAGUUGUCUGUAAUGUCUGCUUCUUCCCUCGUCUUCAGGACUUUAUUAUGAAUCAGGACUGGAAUGAUCCCAAGAGUAAACUGCAGCAGUGUUGUUUAACGUUGAGAACAAUGGAUGGAGGUGAGCCUGAUAUUCCUGUGUACAAGGUGAUCGAGUGCAAAGGCCCUACCAAUACGAGAGUCUACACAGUGGCUGUUUAUUUUCGGGGAAAGAGACUGGCCAAGGCUUCUGGACAUAGUAUCCAAGAGGCUGAGAUGAAUUCGGCUAAGGAGGCACUUGAAAAGUCGCAGGAUCUUUUCCCUCAGCUGGAUCAUCAGAAGAGGGUCAUUGCUAAGAGUGUCAAGAUGCAGCAGUGGCCUAGAAGGGUACGGACAAGGUCGAGGCAUUCCGAUAAAUCUGAUGAUUCUGAUUCUGCCCAGAGUAGAAAGAGAAGGAGCAGAAGCAGGGAUAGGGGAGGGGAUAGAGCUGAGAGAACCGAGAGGAGGGAUGAUCAUCGGAGAUCCCGUAGCAGUUAUGACUAGUUAUGGAUCAACAUCUUGCCGAGCAGCCUGUCGCCUCAUGGCUUGUCUGACUUCCUCCCGAACUCCCUUAUCAGCCCCCCGAGUCGUUAUCCUCCUGCCCUGCAGCACUUCCGAUCCUAUAGCAAUGUCCAGUGAGACUCCUCCGCCACCCUCAGUCCACAAAUAAGUGAGUUCCUCCAGAAUAUCAAUACAAAUAAUAUAAGAGGUGAACAGUGGAUAUCUGAAUGCCUCGUGCAUGCGAAUGCGCUCGGAGAUGAUGGGCAAGAGAUUGGCCUCUUGUGGCCAAUCCAUUUGCAUCAAUACGAGUGAAUUGCCCGUCACCCAAUCACC